AUGACAACUGGUGAUCUACUCGCAAAGUUACGCGCAACCAUCAAGGACCCACAUACAUUAAUCCACAAACUAAAUCUCUCCCGCAUCCCACUCUGUCUACCACCAAAAACAGAGAGUCCAUCUCUCUACCUACUAGGCCUAUCACGAUAUGCAGAGAUCUUCUACAGCAUCGAAGCAUCAUGGCUCUCAAUAAUCGGUGACCCGGUGGACUGGAUCUCCCAAGACACCACUACCACUACUAAAGAAAAUAACCCCUCUGCACCGCUAAACGCGACUCGCAUCCAGAACAUGCUGCGAAUGCUCUACACGCCCGAGCUACCACGCACAAAGGCACUGGAAGAUGAUCUGCGUUUCUUGUCCGCGCUAUGUCCACCUGAUACUCCUGAAACCAACGUCCUACUCCAAUCACUCAAAGACCGGGAUACCGGACAACGAAUCGGGCAAGAAAUUCGCCAACGCAUCCAGGAUAAACCGCAUAUUCUAGUCGCAUACGUGUGGAUCCUGUAUUCAGCUCUGCUAUACGGGGGCCGGGAUAUCCGCGCUCUUCUUCUCAAAGCGGGUCCUGAAUUUUGGGGGUUAUCAGAUGCGGAGAUUAGUUCUUGUCGGAGGGCAUCUUGUCCUGGGCUGUCUUUUUGGCAUGUUGAUGAUGGUGGUGGAGAGGUUAAGGCUAGGUUGCGUGCUCGACUGGCUGAUGUGGAGCGGGUAUUGAGUGCUCAGGAACAGCAGGAUAUCUUGGAUGAGGCGGGGCGGGUGUUUGGGCUGUUGGAGAUGCUGACGAGGAGUUUGGAUGAGGAUGUGGAACUUUUAAAUGCGAGUGUGUGA